AUGGCUUAUCCUCAGGGUUUCCUCUUCCAGCCGUCCGUGUCUCUGGCUCUGCACUCCUGCCCGUCCUUCAGCUCCGGGGUCAUCUUAGGACCGAGGACGGAGGAGCUCGGCCGCUCCUCUUCGGGCUCUGCCUUCGCGCCGUAUUCGGGACCAGCGACGUCUCCCGGAUUCAACUCCCACCUUCCGUACGGCGGGGAGCCCCGGGCCGCCGCCACCCUCAACUCCUUCGUGAGUCCAGGGUACGACCCGUCCUCCGGCAUCUCCGGCUCCUUAGACUACCACCCGUUCGGGGCCCUGGGGCCCUACCCAUAUGGGGACCCCACCUACAGGAAAAACGCCACGCGGGACGCCACGGCCACGCUGAAGGCCUGGCUGAACGAGCACCGUAAGAACCCAUACCCCACCAAGGGGGAGAAGAUCAUGCUGGCCAUCAUCACCAAGAUGACCCUGACUCAAGUGUCCACCUGGUUUGCCAACGCCCGUCGGAGGCUGAAGAAGGAGAACAAGAUGACCUGGACUCCCAGAAACAGGAGUGAGGAUGAGGAGGAGGAGGACAACAUCGACCUGGAGCGGAACGACGAGGACGAGGAGCCGAUGAAGACAAACGACGACGAGACGGAGACAAAGAGUGAGGCCACUGGCCGCCGCCCCCCCUCGGUGGGAGAGUCCUGUGGGUUGGCAAACAGAGACGAGAGCAGCAGCAGUGACACUGAUCGAGGCUUCACUGAUCCGGACUUUAUAGAGCCCGGGGACGGGGGGCUGCCCCACAUCCCGGCCCCCACCUCCACGGGGGCCCCUCCCCAAAACGCUCCACUCGGGAUGCUCAGAGUUUCAGAGCUGGAGCGCACGUUAAGCCCGCCGCCUAAGGAGCACAGAGACUCCUGCAGCGCCAUCCAAGGGCCAAAUCCGGCCCCUAAACCCAAACUGUGGUCCCUCGCUGAGAUCGCCACAUCUGCGGACAAAACUAUAGGAUCUAAUGGGUUGUCGCAGAGCAGGGGGGCAGGACAGCAGCAGCCCCCCCCCACCUCCACGCCCCGGACCCCGUUUCCCCACAGCCCGGCCCUGCCCCGACACCUCUACUAUACCUCCCCCUUCAUCCCAGGAUACUCCAACUACGGCCCCCUGGGGCCCCUGCACAGCAGCCCCGGCUCACAUUUGGCCUCUGCGACGCAUUUAAACGGAUUACACCAGACGAUGCUGCAAAGAGCCGAGGCCGUGGCCAGAGACUGCAAACUACGCAGCCAGAGCCAGCUGGAGCUGCACGAACUGAAGCGAGGCACCACGAACGUGUAG